CAGAAUUGCUACUACAUUUCAUUCCAUGAAAAAUAGUUCUUGUCUCGUUCUCGUCGGGUACCUGAAAGAAUCAUCACAGAGGGCACGAUCUUAAACUGAGCGUCAGCAACCCCUGAAUUAAUCCCAUCCAUGUCCGUCUUACAGUCCAAGCAAUCCAAUCGCACGAAAGCGAAAAGCAAAGCUAAUGAUUGAUCUGAUUGCAAUCAUCCAAUGUGUCAGCCCUAGGGACAGGUUGUCCAUCCUAUAAGCCAGGGGCUGCAUCAUAUCAAACUGCCAUUAGAAGCAUCCAUUCAGUUGAACUCCACUGGAGUGAGGGUGGGAGCUGUGUAGGUCGUCAAAACCUUCUAGGAAAAUGGAGGAUCGAAAGCUGAACGGCCUGUGGCGUCCACGUUCGGGGACCUAAAUAAGCGGAGAUGACACUGUAUCUUAGCGGACUUAGCAGGGGCUGCAUUACAGCUUAAAAACUCCCUGCUUUCUGCCCCUCGCUAGCUACAAGCUUAUCUACACUCCCGUCCCUCUCUCGCCAUGGAUCUCUCCCCAACGACACUCGUCACUUACAUUGCUAUCUCUGCCGUGACUCUUCUUGUCGGCUGGUUCAUCAUGGGCUUCUUUGGCGGUAACAAAUUCCCCGUCGAGGGCAAAACAGUCCUCAUCACCGGUGCAUCCGAAGGCAUGGGCCUCAGCGCAGCCACUCAAUUGUCUGCGAAGGGCGCAAAUAUUGUUCUCGUCUCUCGAAGCGCCAGUAAACUCGAAGCUGCUCUUUUCACCGUCAAGGCCGCAGCCAAGAACCCCCAAACCCAACGCUUCCACUACAUCGCCGCCGACGUCUCUGCCGAAUCAUACGCCAAACCUCUCCUCGAGGAAGUCAUCAGCUGGAACAAUGGCCAAGCCCCCGAUAUCGUCUGGACCAUCGCUGGAUUCUCCUUCCCCGAAUUGUUCGUCGAUAUGGAAAUGAAGUCAAUGCGACAGCACAUGGACGUCAAUUUCUGGGGCACAGCUGAGAUGGCACAUGCCGUUAUGCGCGAGUGGCUCACUGUAGACAAGCCUGUCGAAAAGGAGCCCAAGCACCUCAUCAUGACUGGAAGUGUCUGUGCCUGCUACUCUCCUCCAGGAUACACUCCCUACACUCCCUCUAAGUAUGCCAUGCGAGGUCUGGCCGAAUGUAUCCAGCAAGAAGUUAUGCUGUAUCCUCAGAAUGUUCAAGUCCACCUAGUUUUGCCUAGCACCAUUCUCUCUCCUGGUAAUGUCCGCGAGAACGAGCAUAAACCCGAGAUCACCAAGACCAUUGAGAAGGACGAUCCCAAGCAAACCCCAGAUGAAGUUGCUGCGGCAGCUAUCAAGGGUCUGGAAGCUGGACAGCACCAUAUUACUGUAAACUUCCUUGGUUCACUCAUCAAGUGGGCAUCUUUUGGUGGCACUCCCAAGAACAGCUUCGUUGAUGUUCUUGGAGCUCUGCUUGCUACAAUUGUGUGGAUCUUUGUUCGCCCUAUUCUUGACCACCAGAUCAAGAGUCACGCAAAGAAGUACGGCCACCCAAGCUUGUACAACAAGAAAUCCUCAAGCGCUUAAUAAUGCAUUAUCGGGUUCCAAAAAAUCCAAGUAAUGAUUAGAGAUACCCAUUUAAUAAUAAUAACCAAACCUGCUAUGCUUUUCUGAUAUCUAUGUAUGUGGUGGUAUCCAUCAAUAUCUAUAGUCCCCGUUUAUACGCCGCUCCAUUUACCAAACUUGGUAUAUGACUUGAACAUUUCCUUUACAAUAGCACGUCCGCUUCCGUCCAUGGCGUCGUUCAGAAUCUUCCUCACCUCAGGGGGUGUAAUAUCAAAGAUGGAGUUCAUGGCCGGCUCAAGAGCAUCUCUCACUCGGCGGGGCACAUCAGCUUCAAGUUGUAACUUGACGUACUGCAUCAUGACAAGGUACAUAUGUCGUCCAGCUGAACGCUUCGCCGCAUCUGUAGCUGAGUCAAGAGAACUCUGGUGCUGAGAUCGAGAUACAGCACCGGCUGUUGGCUCGCAGAUAAGAGUAACAAGACGGGCAUAGCGAUGAGCCUUUGUCUCGUGUGAGCUUUGGCUUAAGGUAUCAGUAGUACUGUGGUUGACAAUGAGGUUACGGAGAAGAGCCUGCAUUGCUGACAAGAGAAGGUGGUGGUGACCUUCAAGCCGGAGACGGUGUUUCUUGAUGAUAACUUCCAUCAAAUUGCACAACAGUGCAAAGGGUACUCUUUCAUUGGACACUUGUUCGUCAAGCGGCUUCGUUGAUAGGCUCAAGUCAGAGAUGGUGUUGAGCACCAACUCGAUGUUCCAUUGGGUCAUUGACUGGGGCUUUCUCUCCAGGAGUGUGCAGAGAAUACGACACACUCGGACACAAACGG